AUGAAGACACUGGAGAGCGUGAACGUGACGAGUACAGCUCAUUGUAACUAUCUAGACGCCUGGAAUGAUCUCUGGGUGGAGUACGAGAUGGCCGACGCUUUGAGCGUGGAGGUGGCGAAGAAUGGAGCAGUGGAGGAGGGGAUAGUGUCCUCGAAUGGUACCGCUCGCCUCGUGAAUGUGUUAGAGGAGGACUGUCACCUCGUCGCCACUUGCUAUUCUUUGUGA